UCAGUGAGGGAGGGCAAAAGGGGGGGGUGGAGGUAAACAAAAUGGCGGCGGCGUGUUAGCUGCGGCGGCAGGAAGGCAAGGAGAGGGCGAGGCGGCUUGACGUAGUAGCAGGAGGGAGGGCGUCCAGGCGAGCAGGCCGCCUCGGGGGACCCCCAGGAUCGUCGCCCGCCUCAGCCCCCCGCCAAGCCCCGCGGGGAGGGCCCCAAGGAAGGAGCCGCCGCCGCAGCACCCUCGCCUCAUCCCGGGGCUUGGGCCUCCCCGUUAAAACAGGGGGUGGGGGGAGUAAUGUGUAGGUGAGGCAAGGAUAAGCAGCAGGGGGGCAUAUUUAUUUCUGAACCUGGAGAGGGGGACAGUACUUUUUAGCAUGUGUUGAGGGGGAGGCAUAACUUCCAUUUAUUAGCGCCGUUUCUGGGGGACGGACGGUUAGGUCAGAAGAUUGGGGCCUCAAUAGGCAUUUGAAGCGGGCUGCUUCUGUGUGAGGUUCGGUGUUUAAGGGGGGGGGGUGUCUGUUGGCUGCUUGGGGUAGGACUUGGGUGGCAGAAUCCAGCUAAGGGGACAUUAAGGGCUCUUGUUCACUGAGCCCCCCACCUUUUGAGUGGGCAUCAGAGUCAGUGGCUCAGUGAGGAGGAGAGGUCAUUCCUCUGCCCUGUUUUCCUUCCUCCUGCCCCCUGUGUACUUCUGCUGUCCUUCCAUUUGAUCAAAAGAGCUGUCAUCCUCCCCCUUCAACCACCCUCACUGUUUCAGCCCCUUCUAGUUGUUAAAGAUCUCAUUUCUCUUUGGUGGGGGAGAGGCUGGCACUUUCACCCUUGUUUUUGCAGGUGUGCUUGGCAAACAGGUGCCUUUUCAGUAUCACUGAGAUUGUCCGCACCAUCCCAAAUAGUAGAGAAAGGGACAGCUCCCUCCCCCGCAAAUGAUGCCAUCGAGUGGUAAGGGCAUCCCUUGUGGAACUGAAGUGUGGGAGGCUCCUGCUAGGUGGUGAGUUUGCCUCCUCCUCCUCCUCCUCCUCCUCCUCAUAAUAUUGGGGAGAGGGAGCUCAACUCAGUCUUUUAUUUUUGUGGAUGCUGAGGGGGGGGGAAGCUGGUGAUUCAGAAAGGGGAGGGGGCCGAGAUGGAAAGAGAGCGUCAGUUCUUCUGCCCUGAUUUUUCCUUCUGGUUGGGCAUUGUUGCCUGUAUAAGAAAGAGCCCGGUUUCUUAAAUUCUUUCCUGCUCUUUUGCUAAGAAGGAUUUUGCGUUGACUUUGUGUAUUUUGGAACACGGUGUUGUCUUCCUCUGUUGAAGUAGUAAGGGGUUAUAUGCGGAGGGGUGUGUUUAGAAACGGGCUUUACUUUGAUUAGCCAGGCCUAUUGGGCGAUACCUCUUCUAGAGAUACCUGGAGUUGCUGAAAGACAAGAUUUUUUUCAAGACUGGUAGUCUGAGACUCUUUCAAGGUAGUUAGGUACUUUUGGGGAUUGGUGUAAGUCAUUUAAGAGUGCCUUGAGAGAAGCUUGCUUGAGCCUGUCCCGAUUUCUGGUGUUUGGUUGUGGGAGGCUCAAGUAGGGUUUGCAUUGCCUGCCUGCCUGCCUUGAUACCUGAAGCAGUGGGGUGACACAUCAUGUGUCAGGUAGACCCCAGGUGGUUGAAGGAUGCCCCUGGAAGUGCUUACUAGACACGGCAGGCCUCGAACCUUUGUGAAAGGUGAAAGAGAAGCAGCUAAAAUCAGUAUUGAAAAUUCCUUCAAAGAGACUUGGUUCCAGCUUCCCAACGGCUGAGAGAACUUGUGACGGAAGUCAUACCUGGGUGGUUAGAGUGGCAGAGAGGGGCCUGGAUCCUGCCGUUCACAGAUUGGAAUUGGGAUCCGCUGUGACCUGCUAGUAAUGGAAAGUCCCUAAAGAGAUCCCAAAUGUUUUUUUGAUUUCAAACCUUGGAAGUCUUUUAAAGAUGACUUAAGAGCUUGAGGAAGCCAAAAAGUUUGGACUUGCUAAGGAGAACUUAAGCUGGUCUGAAAGACUUGGAGCAGUGGGAGAAGACCAGGAAGUUGAAAGCAGCUUAGGUGACUCUCCUGUCUCCCCUCCCCUUUAAAAGAGGCACUGUAGGGUUGAGUGAAUGGGCUUGAGUUAACGGAAACAUCGGAUAGGCUUUUAUUUUACAUUUUAAAUUAAACGUUCGUACAAUCUUCUGGAAAACUCCCACUUGUCUCUGCUGGUCCUUGUUCUCCUCUCAUCCCCAAAUAAUUUGGAUUAAAGGGAGCAUCUUGAAAAAAACAAAAUCAAAAACUGGAUUUACAAGUCUUUGGUGCACACUUGUUGGAGGUGGUGAUUGCGUGUGGGGGAAGCGACAGGCUUGCCUAGUUGGUUCCAGGAUGGAUCUGGAGGAGCCCCAGCAGUUGGGCAUGUUUGAGAGUGAACUGAUGUCAGUGGGGAUGGACACUUUCAUCCACCGCAUUGACUCGACGGAAGUGAUCUAUCAGCCCCGCCGGAAACGAGCCAAGCUGAUAGGGAAAUACCUGAUGGGGGACUUGCUUGGUGAAGGAUCCUAUGGCAAGGUCAAGGAGAUGCUGGACUCUGAAACCCUCUGUAGGAGAGCAGUCAAAAUCCUGAAGAAGAAGAAGCUGCGUCGGAUCCCCAACGGGGAAGCAAAUGUUAAAAAGGAAAUACAACUUCUACGGCGGUUGCGGCACAAAAAUGUCAUCCAGCUGGUCGAUGUGUUGUACAACGAAGAGAAGCAGAAGAUGUAUAUGGUGAUGGAGUACUGCGUAUGUGGCAUGCAGGAGAUGUUGGACAGCGUCCCGGAUAAGAAGUUUCCAGUCUUUCAAGCACACGGGGCAGAAGCUUGUCCAGCAUGCUCUCCUCCCGGUAGUCACCCGGGUUAUAUGAGAGAGGGGGACAUUGGAGACAAUAAGCCCUUUACUUUCAUAUCUGGCAUCAAGCCUGCAGGUGUAGAAAACUUAGAGCUUACCCAUCCUCCAACAGCGGUUGUUCCAAGGUGCAAGCUACCUGCCAAACACAAGCCCUACUGGACGGUGAUCUUACCUACUUUUGCUGGAACGUGGGGUGAGUGCCACAUUGGGGCAUUGCAUCCGUUUGCAGAGGAUGAUGUGUGCCGGACGAGUCAGGGGUCACCAGCUUUCCAGCCUCCAGAAAUCGCCAAUGGCCUUGAUACCUUUUCUGGCUUCAAAGUGGACAUUUGGUCAGCGGGGGUCACACUAUACAACAUUACAACCGGCCUUUAUCCCUUUGAGGGGGAUAAUAUUUAUAAGUUAUUUGAAAACAUUGGGAAAGGGGACUGUACGAUUCCUGAGGAUUGCGGCCCUCCACUCUCAGAUCUACUUAGAGGAAUGCUUGAAUACGAUCCAGCCAAGAGAUUUUCAAUACAACAGAUAAGACACCACAACUGGUUCCGGAAAAAGCACCCGCAGUCCGAGCCUCUGGUCCCCAUCCCCCCCAGCCCGGAGACCAAGGACCGGUGGAGGAGCAUGACAGUGGUCCCUUACCUGGAAGACCUGCACGGCUACAACGAGGAGGAGGAGGAGGACUUGAAAGAGGACUACUUGGAGGACGAGAUCAUCUACACUCAGGACUUCCCAGUGCCAGGACAGGUGCCCGAGGAGGAUGCCAGGCAAAAUGGGCAGAGCCGCAGCCGAGGGCUACUCAAGCCGGUGUGCAUGAAUGGAACAGAGCCCGGGCAGCUGAGCGGCAAAGCGAAAGGCGAGAGGCGGGCCAGCGCCUCCUCCAACCCCUCCCGCAAGGCCGCCUCCACCAGCAGCAAGAUCCGCAAACUUUCAACCUGCAAACAGCAAUGACCCCCGGGGGUGCUCACCUGCCACAGCUGGCCUCACACUUCCUGCUGUCCUUGGCCGCCGCCGCCCUCGUCUCCAUCUCUCUACCAGUAGGGGACGAUCUGUAGAAGACGCUUGCAAUCAGAAGUCUCGAACCAACCAACCAACCAAGGGAAAUCAGACUCUGUGUUGGCUCUGUGGGCCUUCGCCAUCUUCAGCAAAUCAAGAACCCAGUCCUCUUCCUCUCCGGCGGAAGCUCCUCCCCUCCCCUCCCCGUGACAACAUUUGGCCAACCGAUAAUACCUGGACUUGUUCUGUGGGGCUGCAGCA